CCUGCUGCUCAUGUAGAAUAAAAAAAUAGGAGGAGUUGUAUUACAGAUAAUUUCCGCUAUGUGUGUUAUUUGACAGUACUGUAAAGCUUGACGAGAAACACGCAGUUCAGAGGCCGUUGAUGGACCAGCCUGGUGAAGAGGCGGGGUUAGAAUGGGACAGAGCACCUCGGAACAAGAGGGCCAAGAACAUGCAAAUGUCUCUCUGGACGAAGGGUUUAAUAACAUCAAGGCGUUUGUGGAGGAAGAGCUACAGACUAGCAUGAUGAUAGGGAUGGUGAUUGGUGCGGGCAUCGCCAUAAUCCUCAUCGCCAUCCUCAUCUUCUUCAUGCUGCGGAGGAUCCAGCUCAGAAACCUGCAAGCCCAGGAGGCCCCCAAGUAUCGAUUCCGCAAGAGGGACAAGGUCAUGUUCUAUGGGCGAAAGAUCAUGCGCAAGGUGUCCCAGUCCACUUCUUCCCUGGUGGGCACAGCCUCCUCCACUCGCCCACGACUCAAAAAGAAGCAGAAAAUGCUCAACAUUGCCAAAAAGAUUCUGCGUUUUAAGAAGGAGGUGCCCACCCUGGUAGCUAAGGAGCCUCCUCCCUCAGUGCUGGAGGCCGACCUUACAGAGUUUGACGUGGCCAACUCCCACCUGCCCUCCGAGGUGCUCUACAUGCUUAAGAAUGUCCGUGUGCUGGGCCACUUUGAGAAGCCUCUGUUCCUGGAGCUGUGUAAACACAUGGUGUUCCUGCAGUUUCAACAGGGAGAGUACGUCUUCAGACCGGGCCAGCCUGACAGCAGCAUCUACGUGGUGCAGGACGGAAAACUAGAACUGUGCCUUACUGGAAUGGACGGCAAGGACGGUGUGGUGAAGGAGGUGUACCCCGGAGACAGUGUCCACAGCCUCCUCAGCAUCCUGGACGUCAUCACCGGACACCAGAAGCCGUACAGGACGGUGUCGGCGCGGGCGGCUGAGGUGUCCACCGUACUGCGUCUACCCGUCGAGGCCUUCCUCUCCAUCUUCGAGAAGUACCCUGAGAGCUUGGUGCGGGUGGUCCAGAUCAUCAUGGUUCGUCUCCAAAGAGUAACCGUUCUGGCGCUGCACAACUACCUAGGGCUCACCAACGAGCUCUUUAGCCACGAGAUGCAGCUCUUGCGCCUGCUGCCCCUGUCCCCCCACCCCGUGCCCCGCACCAGCCCCCAGCGCCACGGCAAGCGUUUCGGGAGCCUGACCGUGCCCGCGGAGGACCGCGAGGCCGCUGUGAAGGACGCACCAGAUCCUGGGAAGGAUGGAGCCACAGUCCCACCAACCCUCAGCAGGACCAUCUCCAUGCCUGUAGACAUCGCUGGCAUGCAGAAGAAUCUGCGGUCUGAUUUCGAUAUGGCCUACGAGAGGGGACGGAUCUCAGUUUCUGCUGAGGACGGCAACACACCACCCACCUAUUCACGGGACCAGCGGGAGAGGAGGGUGACCGUAGACGAGGUGCCGUCGGGGGUGUACCUGUACCCCGAGGAGGAGGGGGGUCCGGACAACCAGUUCUCACCAGGACCAGGACCCGUCCCUGGUCGCCCCAGCCCUGCCCUGUUCGAGGAGGCCCUGAAGGAGCUCCUCAAACUCAUGAGGAUAGAGGACCCCGCUCUGCUGAAUGGGAGAGUGACUCUGCACCACGCCAAGGCAGGAACUGUGCUGGCUAGACAAGGAGACCAGGAUGUGAGUCUCCACUUCGUCCUGUCCGGCUGUCUCCACGUGUACCAGCGGAUGAUCGACAAGCAGGAUGCGGUGUGCCUGUUUGUCACCCAGCCGGGUGAGAUGGUGGGCCAGCUGGCCGUGUUGACUGGAGAGCCCCUCAUCUUCACCAUCAAGGCCAACAGAGACUGCACCUUCCUCAAGAUCUCCAAGUCUGACUUCUAUGAGAUCAUGAGGGAACAGCCCAGUGUGGUUCUGAGUGCAGCCCACACUGUAGCCAUCCGCAUGUCCCCCUUCGUCAGACAGAUGGACUUCGCCAUAGACUGGAUGGCUGUGGAGGCCGGCAGAGCCCUCUAUAGGCAGGAUGACCAGUCGGACUGCACCUACAUAGUUCUGAACGGACGUCUGCGUUCUGUUAUACGUAAAGCUAACGGGAAGAAGGAGCUGGUAGGAGAGUACGGUCGAGGAGACCUCAUAGGAGUGGUUGAGGCUCUGACCCGACAGCCCAGAGCCACCACGGUCCACGCGGUCAGAGACACAGAGCUGGUCAAGCUCCCAGAGGGAACGCUCAACAACAUCAAGAGGAGGUACCCACAGGUGGUCACCAGGUUGAUCCACCUGCUGGGACAGAAGAUCCUGGGGAACCUGCAACAGGCCCGAGGACCAUUCUCAGGUUCUGCCCUCGGCCUGUCCAGUGUAGCGUCCAGCCCUGACGUCACCAACCCGGCCAGUAACCUGUCCACUGUGGCCGUACUGCCCAUCUGCGACGAGGUGCCAAUCAACGCCUUCAACCUGGAGCUCAGCCACGCCCUCAGUGCCAUAGGACCUACCCUGCUGCUGACCAGUGACAUCAUCAGAGAGCGACUGGGGGCCUCCGCUCUGGAUAGUAUCCACGAGUACCGUCUGUCUGGCUGGCUGGCCCAGCAGGAGGACAUCAACAGGAUAGUCCUGUACCAGACAGACAGCAGUAUGACUCCCUGGACCCAGCGCUGCAUCAGACAGGCUGACUGCAUCCUCAUCGUGGGCCUGGGGGAACAGGAACCUGCACUGGGACAGUUAGAGCAGAUGUUGGAGAACACCGCGGUGAGGGCCCUGAAACAGCUGGUGCUGCUCCAUAAAGAGGACGGCUCGGGGCCCUCCAGGACCGUAGAGUGGCUCAACAUGAGGAGCUGGUGCUCCGGACACCUCCACCUCCGCUGCCCCCGCCGGGUCUUCUCACGACGCAGCCCCUCGAAACUGAGGGAGGUGUAUGAGAAGGUGUGUGAGAAGACAGCGGACAGACACAGUGAUUUCUCUCGGCUGGCCCGGGUACUGACUGGGAACAGCAUCGCUCUGGUGCUGGGAGGAGGAGGUGCCAGAGGCUGCUCCCACGUGGGAGUGAUCAAGGCCAUGGAGGAGGCAGGAAUUCCCAUCGACAUCGUGGGAGGGACGUCCAUCGGGUCGUUCAUCGGGGCGCUGUACGCCGAGGAGAGGAGUGCGGUGCGCACCAAGCAGAGAGCCCGCGAGUGGUCCAAGGCGAUGAACUCCGUAUUCAAAACCAUCCUUGACCUGACCUAUCCCAUCACCUCAAUGUUCACCGGCGCCGCCUUCAACACCAGCAUCUCCAAAGUGUUCCAGGACAAGCAGGCUGAGGACCUGUGGUUGCCGUACUUCAACGUGACUACUGACAUCACGGCGUCUGCCAUGCGUGUGCACCAAGACGGCUCGCUGUGGCGCUAUGUUAGAGCGAGUGCCUCCUACACCCCCUAUUUACCUCCCCUCUGCGACCCCAAGGAUGGCCACCUGCUUGUGGAUGGUUGCUAUGUUAACAAUGUCCCAGGGUCACUGUGGCGCUAUGUGAGGGCGAGCAUGACCCUCUCAGGGUACCUGCCGCCCCUCUGCGACCCCAAAGAUGGCAACUUGCUUAUGGACGGGGGCUACAUCAACAACCUGCCAGCGGACAUCGCGAGGAACAUGGGCGCCAAGACUGUCAUCGCCAUCGACGUAGGUAGCCAGGACGAGACGGACCUCUGUAACUACGGCGACAGCCUGUCGGGCUGGUGGUUGCUGUGGAAACGGAUCAACCCCUGGGCAGAGAAAGUGAAGGUUCCAGACAUGGCAGAGAUCCAGUCCAGGCUGGCCUAUGUGUCGUGUGUGCGUCAGCUGGAAGUGGUGAAGAAGAGUGCCUACUGCGAGUACAUCAGACCACCCAUCGACCGCUUCAAGACAAUGGACUUCGGCAAGUUUGACGAGAUCUACGAUGUGGGCUACCAGCACGGCAAGCUGCUCUUCACCGGCUGGGCCCGUGGUGACAUCAUCGACAACAUGCUCAAGGACCACCGCUCGGCAGACUACAACGACAGCAAGACCAAGACGGACUCCUGUACGUGUCCAGGGUCAGACUUCACUGACCUGGCUGAGAUCGUGUCCAGGAUUGAGCCAGUCCAGACCUACGUCGAUCCCGACGCUGAUGCUGCUGAGGCGGGGGACGAGUCGGACUGCCUGACGGAGUAUGAGGAGGACGGGAUGGACACGGUGAGAGAAGAAGAGGAGGAGGAGGAGGAAGAGGAGGAGGAGGAGGAGGAAGAGGGGGAACAGGAACUCGAUGACCUCUCCCCCGGAGAGUGGGGCCAGAACGGAGUCUUCCAGGCAGAUGUGGAGAAGUCAGUCCGCCAGCGGAGGAAAACAGGUGACUCCAACACCUACUCCGAGCUCUCCGACUGCUGACAGGAGGAGAGGAAAAAUGAGAAAGACACAGGCUCUGGGUCCAAAAACUAAGAGGUGGAAGAGGAGAGUUGGAUGUCGGGCAAUUUCUGCAGAUACUGUAGCUUAAAUACUUAUUUUUUUCCUCAACCCUAAUCUACCACGCUUGAUUCUAGUAAUUAGCUGGUUUAUCAAAUACAUCAGGUUAGUUCCAUCAAGGGUUGAAAACCUACAGGAGAGCUCUCUAGGAACAGUGAUGGAGAGCCCCGCUCUAACCCCUGACCCUUAACCCGGAAGCCCUUGGACCACUGGUGCCCAGUGUGACUUGGACCAUGAAUGGACCCUCUCCAAUCUGAAGAUGGACUCGACUGGGACCCCACCACUCUGUUUCCCUCCCACCACUCCACUCCUGCCAAAGCUGAAAAACUUUUAUUGGGGUGACUAAAGGGUGUCCCUCAUACCACAGGGAACACAUUAGUACUUGGUUGAAGUUAAACACCUGGUCUCUUUAAAGCGUUCAGCUCCAAUGCUUUGGCCCUAUUCAGACUGUCUGUCUGCAUGUCCUGUCUGUCCAUAAUCAGGAGAGAUUAUCAUUGAUGGUACACUGUUCUCUGUUCAGACACACAUGGGUAUUACGUGGAUGGAAGUUGGAGAGAGGUGUGUGUGUGUGUGUGUCAUUACGAUUUAUUCGCUAGUAGUAGUAUUGAUGUUGAAUGGAGAGAGAGAGAUGUAAAAGACUGCUAAAGAAAUGAGAGGUACAAAACCGCUGCUGCACACAAACGGUAGAAAGACUGAUGUAUACUGAACAAAAAAUAUAAAGACAACAUGCAACAAUUUCAAAAGUGUUAGGGAGUUAGUUCAUAUGGAAAUCUGUCAAUUGAAAUUCAUUAGGCCCUAAUCUAUGGAUUUCACAUGACUGGCCAGGGGAGCAGCCGGGGAGGGCAUAGGUCCACCCACUGGGGGGCCAGGACCAGCCAAUUAGAAUAAGUUCUUCCCCACAAAAGGACUUUAUUACAAACAGAAAUACUCCUCAGUUUCACCAACUGUCAGGGUGUCUGGUUUCAGACGGUCCCGCAGAUGAAGAAGCCGGAUGUUCAGGUCCUUGACUGGCGUGGUCUGCGGUUGUGAGGCCGGUUGGACGUACUGCCAAAUUCACAAAAACAACAUUUUAAACAACAACUUUAAAUUCUCUGGCAACAGCUCUGGUGGACAUUCCUGCAGUGAGCAUGCCAAUUGCACACACCCUCAAAACGUGAGACAUCUGUGGCAUUGUGUUUUGUAAUAAAACUGCACAUUUUACUGGCCUUUUAUUGUCCCCAGCACAAGGUGCACCUGUGUAAUGAUCAUGUUUUUUAAUCAGCGUCUUGAUAUGCCACACCUAUCAGGUGGAUGGAUUAUCUUAGCAAAGGAGAAAUGCUCACUAAAAGAGAUUUUAAACCAAUUUUUGCACAAAAUUUGUGAGGCUUUUUGUGCGUAUUAAGAAUGUCUGGGAUAUUUUAUUUCAGCUCAUGAAACAUGGGACCAACACUUUACAUGUUGCAUUUUAUAUUUUUGUUCAGUGUACAUUAUUGGAUGUUGAAGUAGGGAGGUGAAAAUGUGUAGAGGAGAGGUGUGUGUGUGUCAUUGGUUUCCACCAUGCUUGCUACUACUGUAUGCUGCUUGUUUCAAGCAGAGGAUAACAAUGCCUUUUUAACCUGAAUUUAAUCGUUUAAAAACGAUGGAGAGGGGAGACUUUACCAAUGGACCUUUUAGUAUAGAAACCCCCCGCCUCUCCCUACUUGCCUAAUGCUUGCAUGGGGUCCUGUGUACUCCCUAACCAACAAGUGUCAAACUCAUUCCACGAAGGCCAAGUGUCUGUGGGUUUUCGCUCCUUCCUUUCACUUGAUGAAUUAAGGUCACUAAUUAGUAAAGAACUCCCUCCAUGGAUUGAGUUUGACACCCCUGCCCUCAAAUAGUCACAGAAUAAUUCAGUCUAAUCUUAGUAAUAACUAUAUAUACAUGAUACAUACUUUACACCUGUUAAUACUCAUAGAAAUGAUUUAUUAUACACAUAUUUAUGUCUGUUUUUCUGCUGCAAAACUUGGGACUCUUUUCACCUGAGAGAUGUCCUUCCUAAAUCCAUUCAAAUGUGCACUGAAUGUUUUUUGUUUGUUGCCAAUUCAUUGUAUUUAUUUGUUUUGCUUGACCACUGGCUUUUUUUAAAGCCUUUUUUUUUAUCACUGAACAAAAAAAUCCUAAUGGAAAAUUCUAAUUACGGACAUGAAUAAUGAACUGUACUGUCCUUUCUUAUUAGCUUGGGUUUUGCUAUUUUGCACUGAUGAAUAUAAAGAAUAAUUCCUUGGUUGGAAAGGAGGUUUGUUUUAUUUGCAUCUUCCUUAAGAUGCCCUAUGGAGACAGGAUGGUAUGGGAUGUCAUUUCAAUUUAAAGAAAUGUUAAAAUGCAUACUGAAUAAUAAAUCUAAAUUAUAAUGCAAA